AUGCUGAAAACAUUUGAAAUGGGUUUUAAACAAAACAUAAAAUGGUAUAUGAUUGUAGAUGAUGAUGGAUAUAUUGUUGUUAAUAACACUUUGGCCUUAGUUAACCAGUACUUUCAUGAUCAGAUGUGGUUACUAGCUAGUGUUUUAUGUCCACAUCCAUAUAAUCAUGGAAGUUCACCUUAUUUUCUUCGAAUCUGUGGCGGUGGUGGCUAUCUAAUAUCGUCAAAGAUGGCUAAAUAUAUUUUACCCAGUCUACCAAAAUGUUUCAAUUAUACAUCAUCUAAAUGGGAUAAUGGUGAUAUGAAAUAUGCUUCUGUAAUGCUUAGUGUUUGUUUGACUGAAUUAUUAAAUGUUACUUUAACACAUCGACAUGAAUUUAAAACAGUUUCACCAUUAAAACAAAUUACAACAAAUAAUAACAACACAAUUAAAUUUAGUUUUAACGAAAAAAAUUUAAAUAAUCCAGUUACAUUUCACUAUGUGAAGCCCUGGCAAAAACAACUAAUAGUCUGGAAAUUGUAUCAUGGCAUUGAAACAAAUCUAACUGUAAAGAACAGUUCUAAUUGGUUAACAUAG